UAGGCAAAAUAACAGGAAUUCCUCUCUGCUUUCUUUCGUGAGACACUGAGGUUCAAGCUUUUUCAUUUCCCAUCGCUCCCUUCUUUUUUCGUCACCCAUAUAUUCCUUCAUUCCCCGCAAAACUAGCCACUUUCAACUCAUACUCCUUCGCUUCCAAUCAUUCUGAUCCUGCGUUUGAUCCUUUUUUCCUUCGUUCCAAGUUUCUCAAAUUUCUGGUUUUUUUUUUUUUAAUUUCCGUCUCAUCUGAUCACUUAUAUGCGGUUUGGGAUUUGCUUAGAAUCAGAUUGGGGGCUUUCUGCUGCGUUUGGUUACUGAGAAACUGCCCAACUACCUGAGAAAGUUAGAGUAAUCCGCGUAAUUCUUUUUGAUUCUCUAUAGCUCUCUCUAGGCUGAGAAAACUGUUUUAGGAGUUGAAAGGCCCAGAUAAAUUCGAUUUCCAUUAAUUUAUCUGGGUUUUUGUUCGUCAGUCAUUGGAAGAUUUUGUCUGGGAUUCUGAGUGUGGAAGGGAAAAAGAAAAAAGAAGGAGGAGGAGGAUUUGGCUUUUCUUUUUAUCACCUGAAACUUUCUUUCAUCCUAUCCUCGGUAAAUAGGCGGAGGAGAAGCCACCCGUUGGGUCGAAAAAUGCUUGGGACUGCCCUGCAGUUUGGGGGUGUUCGCGGGGAGGAUCGGUUUUACAUCCCGUGAAGGCAAGGAAGAGCCAAAAUCAGCGUAAACAAGCACAGAGAGCUAAAAACGGGGAAACUGGAUCUGCUGAUUCUACUCCCAAGGCCAAAGAUGUUGCUUCAGAAUAAGAAUUCCAAUGAGCCUUCAUAUUCGUUGACAAAACCACCUUCUUGUCCGUCUGUAAUGCCUGCUGGUAAUAUUGAUAGGUUUGUGGAGUCUACAAGGCCAUUGGUCCCGGCUCAGUAUUUUUCUAAGACAACAAUGAGAGGCUGGAAGACUUGUGAUGUUGAGUAUCAGUCUUACUUCACCCUUAAUGAUCUCUGGGAAUCGUUUAAGGAGUGGAGUGUAUAUGGGGCAGGAGUCCCUUUGUUACUGAUCAAAGUGAAUCUUUAUUUGAUUAGGUACGUUGGUGAAGAUAGUGAUGGUGAUUGCUGUAGGGAUUCAAGUAGCGAUGGAAGUAGUGACUUUGAAAUAGGAAAAAGUACUGAACUCUCUGCAGCACAAAGAAGUUGUCAACAUCUUACAGGUGAUGUCUCUUUACGAAUGAGAGGGCUGUCUGUACAUGAUAAACACAAUGCAAUGCAAGAAGGAUUUUCUAGUGAUGACAGUGAUACAGGAAAUCGCCAAGAUCUACUUGUAUUUGAGUAUUUUGAGCAAGACCCUCCUUACAGCCGUGAACCACUGGCUGACAAGGUAAUAGAUCUUUCACGCCACUACGCUGGCCUCAAGACUUUGAGAAGCUGUGAUUUAUUGUCUGCCAGUUGGAUGUCUGUCGCAUGGUAUCCUAUCUAUCGAAUACCCACAGGCCCGACAUUAAAAGAUUUGGAUGCCUGCUUUUUGACAUACCAUACACUUCAUACACCCUUGACAGGAAGUGGACCAACUCAGGCUCAGACUCCAACGUUGGUUUUUCCCAAUGACAUGGAUGGAGAGCCAAUGAUUUCCUUACCCACAUUUGCCAUGGCCUCCUACAAGUUAAAGGGAUCUAUUUGGAUGCAAAAUGGCCUCAGUGAGAGUCAGCAAGCUAAUUCCCUCUUGCAGGCUGCAGAUAAGUGGUUGAGAUUGCUGCAGGUGAACCACCCAGAUUAUCAGUUCUUCAAAUCACAUGGCACGUAUCACAGGUGAUCAAUGAGACACCAUGUUAAUCCAUCCUCCUGGCUAGAACUGUUUGCCUUGAAUUUGUAUGUUGAUUCUCGGUGCCAAGCUGUUAAAAGCCGUUCUUCUGUUGAAGAUUGUGAUGGCAUGGAGAGUGUGUUGCAUAAUCAGCACAAAAGAUGGAGAAGAUAUUUUCAAGUGAAGGAAAUAAGAGAUUACUAAAACAAAAACUGAAAAAGAAUUGAAGUUGUUGUAUUUGGUAAGAAACAAUCACAUGAAAAGGAUUGACGAAAAAGGAGAGGAAGCCAAGUUUAUGGCAAAGUUCGCCCUGUUCAUAGGUGAUCGUAUAUAAGAUAUGGGGGCUUAAGCUAAGACUGUCCAAGCUUUUUCUGUCCAGUAGUGGUUGAGAUGCCUCUAAAUUUUGGGACUUAAUGUGUUGAUAUAGUUAUGUUUUGAUCGUGGGAGAAAAAAGGGCGGAAUAGCGAGAAUUUGCUGUAUGACAUUUGCAAGGAUCAAUUUGUGGCUCCGUAUCUGAUGAGCAGUUGCUGUGUUAAGAGAAAAAGGAGAGGAAAAGCGGUACUGUACAAUGUUUUGGUCCUUUAAUAUCAGUGUUGUAUGUUUAUUAAGUGCCUCGCUUGAGGAGGUGGAACAUUAUGCAAAAGCAUGUCCGGUUUUGCUGGUCGAACCAGCCGCAGCGGAAGGUUUGUUGAUAGUAUCCAAAUUAGCUGAGCGGAACAUCUGAUGCUACGGAAAUUAAUGACAGGAUAUAUAUAUAUAUAUAUAUAUAUUCCUGAGGGGAUUUAAUUUUCUAUAGGUUAUGCAUAUCGUGUUUCUGAUAUGUUUUGUAGAGAAGUGCAGAACUUGAUGGAUAGUACUAUCUUGGUACCCGUGAGGUGAUUACUAGGCUUUCGUUUUUCGGGCUGUUGUGGUACUAUGCGGUUAUGUGGGCAGUACUCAUGACUUGCAUGACUUUUAAGCUAUCACUGCUGUGCUUCUUAAGUAUCUAGGUGAUGAACUUUUGUCAUUUAA